GAUAUCUUCUCCGGUUGCAGCUGAGCCAAUAAAUCGACACAAAAUGUGGCCUAAAACACUUGCAGUUUUGCUGUUGGUGGCAGCAUUAGCUCAAGGCAAGCCCAGUGGCAAUGGAAACGCAGUCGAGGGCGACUAUGAUAACGAGAUGAGUGAGUUCAUGGCUGCCCUGCCGAACCUGGAUGAUACGCCCGCUGGAUUGGGACAGCGAUCGGACAUCUCAACCGAACCGGAGGUGGACGAUAUUCUGGCCAACCUGGACGAUGAGUACGAGGGAGCCAAGCACUACGAGUGGAAUCAGUGUGACAAGGACCUUAAAGAGUCGCGGGGCAUUCGCAAGUUUUUGGACCUGUCCUUCGUGAAAAAGAUAGCCAGCAACCUGAAUCCCUUCGGCACCAAGAAGCUCCGCAUGCAGUUCUACCUCUUCAAGAGGGAGUUCCCCGAGUGCGGCAGGGAGCUGGACUUCUCGGACGAGCGCAAGUGGAGGCACUCCGGCUUCAAUGCCUCCCUGCCCACCAGACUGAUGAUCCACGGCUGGAUGAGUCAGUCGCGCGGCUCCUUCAACCGGGAUGUGAAGGACGCGUAUCUGAAGAAGGGGGAGUACAACGUGAUCGUGGCCGAUUGGAGCGCCAGUUCGGCCAAUAUCAACUACUUCUCGGUGGUCAAUCUAAUCGAGACCUUUGGCGCCCAGUUGGCCCAGUUCACCAGGGAGCUGCAUCGCCAGUUCGGAGCUGAUUUUGACAGCAUGUACCUGAUUGGUCACUCGUUGGGAGCCCAGAUUGCCGGAUCGGCGGGCAAGCGACUGAAGCCGGACCAGGUGAACACCAUUUUCGCUCUGGAUCCCGCGGGACCCAAGUUCCGUCAUCGCAGCGCCGAAUUCCGGAUCGAUCCCACGGAUGCCAAGUUUGUGGAGUCCAUGCACACGAGUGCCAACUUCGGGUUCCGCCGACCCACGGGCAGUGCCACCUUCUAUCCCAACUAUGGAGCCUACCAGCGGAGUUGCUACUACCUGGGCUGCUCCCACAUCCGAUCGUACCAGAUGUUCGCCGAGUCCAUCAACUCGCCGCUGGGAUUCUGGGGAACCCCCUGCACGCGGGACAACGGAAGGUGGCAGUGCGACCAGAGCAAGCGACAGACCGUCCAGAUGGCGGGUGAGCCGUCGGUUCACAAGGAGGGCAUAUUCUACGUGAAAACCUCCUCCAGCGACCCCUUUGCCCUGGGAAAGCAGUAGAACUGGGAUAGAUUUAGUCUAGAGUUAUUUUAUUGUAGUUUUAGGCGCCUUUGAAUGUGAUUUAAAUAUACCAAAUAAAAUUACAAAUUUUAAUAUA